GUCUCCAUGUGUUUGUCACUUCCGUGAUUCAAGAGAAUUGGACAAAACAUCAACUAUCAAAAUGACAACUGAAGCAAAUCCCACCCUGUUGAAGGACAUCAAUCAUAAUUGCAGAGGAUAUGAGGUGAACUCUGAGUUGCAGAAAGCCAAGAAAGAAGAUGACUUGCUGAAGCGACACAAUCUUGAAAUCGAUGAUGAGCCCCUCAGCCCUUUUCAAGAACAAAAUUGUAUUGCUACAGACAACAUGAGCAUUGAGGAUGUAGAUAAUGGUAUCAACAGUGGUGAAGAAAGCAAGGAAAUGACUGCAACCCAUGCUGGAUGCAUGUAAAAUCCUCACCAGGGAAUGUGAGUCACCCAUUGACAUCCUCAUCAAUGCCAAUGUUGUUCCGAGGCUGAUAGAAUUCCUCAGUCGUGUCAACAACCCUCAUCUUCAGUUAGAGUUAGCAAGGGCUCUCACCAACAUUGUGUCAGGAACAUUUGAUCAGACCAAAGCUGUUGUCAAUGCUGGGGCUGUUGCUGGUUUUGUGUCUUUGUUGGGUUCAUCUCAUCCAGUUGUGGCCUUACAAGCUGUCCGGGCUCUCGGCAUUAUUGCUAGAGAUGGAACAGAGCUAAAUACACACAUUACGGAGCAAGGCACUCUUAAUCCCUUAAUCAACUUGAUUAAACCGGACACUUCAUCAACUACAUUAUUGCGCAGUGUAGCUUGGACUUUGUCCAACUUGUGUCGUAACGAGUACAGUCCACUCAGUAUCUAUACAAUCCGACAUCAGCUUCUUCCCGCCCUGGCCCACCUUCUCAACAGCAACGACAAGGAGAUUGUCGCCUCCGCUUGCAUGGCUCUGUCUCACCUCAUUGAUUAUGAUAACUAUUCACCAGCAAUCAAGAAAGCAAUUAAAAACCCAGAAGAACGAUUGCGAGCCAUUAUCGACGCCGGAGUCGUUAAUCGGCUCGUUGCUUUGUUGGUUAGCAACGAAGAGGACGUCUUCAAUCAAAGUCUGUUGAUAAUCAAAGAUAUUACGACGUGGUUGGACCCAGAAGAUGGACAGGCGGAGGCUUUUGCCAGUUCUACUUCGGGAUUUAUUUUUUUAUUGAGUUCGAAUAAUCCAGAUGUGGUCGAAACAGCUGUCUGGGUUCUCGGUGUUGUUGCCGAAUCUAAUGCAGAGGCAAGAGACGAGGUAAUAAAGCAAGGCAUUAUAAAACCUUUGGUCAGUCUCAUCAAACCCGACACUUCAGUUGAAUUGUUGAGCGACGUCACUUGGACUUUAUUCAAAUUGUGUAAAUAUCAUAAACAUCUACCCAGUGUCCCUGCAGUCCGACAGCUUCUUCCCGUCCUGGUCCAACUCAUCCACAACGACGACGAUGACAUUUUUGACACCGCUUGCCAGGCUCUGGACUUCCUCACUGAAGGCGACGAGAUAAUUCAAGAACUUGUCGACGCCGGAGUCGUCCCUCGGCUCGUCGCGUUGUUAAACCACAAUAAAGCUAUGUUAUUCUCUCCUUUGAAUACAAUAAGCAAAAUCGUCUCAGGCAGUACUACUCGAACCGAUCUCGUCCUGUCUGCUGGUAUCUGCCCGUUGUUGGCCAAGUUGCUUGUUCGUUCCGAUAUGUUAAUCAUUCAUUAUGCUGUCAAGACCGUGUCUAAAAUUGCUGCAGGCAAUGUAACACAGAUUCAAGCUCUCGUUACCAACAACGUUAUUCGUCCGCUGGUGGACGUGCUGAGCAAUGUCGACUUCCAAUGGCAAAAGCAAGCAGCUCGAGCCAUUACCAACAUCGCUUGUGGGGGCAAUGUCGAGCAGAUCGCUUUGUUGUAUGAGUUUGGUGCCAUUGCUCCACUUUGCACUUACAUACUGGAGACCAAGGAACCCAAGAGGGCCAAGACUAUCGUUGUCGAGUUGGAUGGCUUGGCUAAUAUUUUGGCCGCUGCCGAGAAAAUGAGCGAAUGUGCGAAAGUGUCUCUUCACGUCAAAGAGCGUGGUCUCCUGGAUCGCAUUGGAGUUUUGCUUAGGCACGACGACAUUAAGAUUCAUCCCAAGUCGCUGGCUAUUUUGGAGCGAUACUUCUCUACUAACGGGGAUGAAGAUUAUAAGUUGGUGCCAUGUACAUCGCAGAGUAGCAAUUACGAAUUCAACACCCAGCCAUCUCAAGCCCCCGAAGGCGGUUUCUCAUUAUAAAUUUGUAAAUCUAAAAUUAUUUUUUCUGCAAAUUCAGGGUCCAUAUAUUCUUCACCAACGCUAUCCUAACCAUGAGUUUUGGUCUUUUCUUCAAAGUUUUUUUUUUCUAAUUUUUUGAAAUUCAAAGUUGCCAUGCACGACGUCUUCUUUCCUCUUUCUCUACAGAACAACUCGAUCACAGCUGUGCAUUUGAUUCGUUUGAUUUUGUCGUGCUAGUUUUUUUUUGUAUUUGAAAUUUGUAUCCUAAUUGCAGGUCGUCGAUUGCUUCCAGGUUAUCCAUGUCCGUUGAAAUUUAUAGAUUAUGUAGAUAAUAUGCUGCCGAAAUAAAAACAAAUGCUUUUCAUAAAUGAA